AUUUUUAUACGAAGUAAUAUGAAUUUCGCCCCUUCCAAAUAAUUACCGGACGCCGUCUAUUUAGUCUGAGUUGGUUGAAAUUCCCUCCCUUGUGCCAUCUCAAUUCCUCAAAAAAUGGCACUGUAUCGCCGGCUUUCUCAAACUCGCCACGUGUACCGUCGGCGCUGUAUCGCUGCUCUUUACCCCUCCGGCGACCUAACAAACCCUAGCCACACCGUUCCUUAUUCUCCCUCAAUAAACCUCUUUCAAUUUUCUUCUUCUGGAAAAUCCCUCACAUUUUACACUUCACAUCCUUCAAAAAUUGAACUUUCUGGGUUCCGGCAACUUCUUCACUUUUCAACUUUAGCUAAUUCAGAAGAAAAUAAGAAGAACGAGCAACAAACGCCUUCGGCCUCGCCGUCGCCAUCAUGGAUUGAUACUUAUUUGCCCCGAAUAGUUAGGCCCUAUGCACAUCUGGCCCGACUUGAUAAACCUAUUGGAACUUGGUUACUCGCUUGGCCUUGCAUGUGGUCGAUUGCUUUGGCUGCUCCGCCUGGGAGCUUACCUGAUGUGAAGAUGAUGACGUUAUUUGGUUGUGGGGCUUUGCUUUUGCGAGGUGCUGGAUGUACAAUUAACGAUCUUCUUGAUCGAGAUAUUGAUACUAAGGUAGAAAGAACAAGGUCGAGGCCAGUCGCUAGUGGUGUCUUGACACCCUUUCAGGGGCUCACUUUUCUUGGGUUCCAAUUGCUACUAGGCCUUGGGAUUCUUUUGCAGUUAAACAAUUAUAGUCGCAUUUUGGGAGCUUCGUCCCUGUUGCUGGUCUUCUCAUACCCCCUCAUGAAGAGAUUUACAUUUUGGCCUCAAGCCUUUCUUGGUCUAACUUUCAACUGGGGAGCUUUGUUAGGUUGGGCUGCUAUCAAAGGAAGUAUUGAUCCUUCGGUUGUGCUUCCGCUAUAUGCCUCUGGUGUGUUUUGGACUCUUGUAUAUGACACAAUUUAUGCACAUCAGGAUAAAGAAGAUGAUCUCAAAGUGGGUGUCAAAUCUACAGCCUUGAGAUUUGGAGAUUCCACAAAAGAAUGGAUCAGUGGGUUUGGAUUAGCAUGCAUCAGCAGUCUUGCUCUUUCCGGAGUUAAUGCUGAUAUUGGAUGGCCAUACUACGCCUUUUUGACAGCUGCUUCUGGCCAAUUGGCUUGGCAAAUUUGGACUGUUGACCUAUCAUCUCGUGCAGAUUGCAACAGAAAAUUUGUUUCCAACAAAUGGUUUGGUGUGUUUAUCUUUGGUGGGGUUCUAUUUGGAAGACUAUUGUGACAAUAAUAUCCGAGGAAGAACAAGUCUUGCCAAUUCAACUGGCGGGAGAUGGAAUUCUGGGGACACGAGGUUUUUCUUCCCUCCCCCCGAUUAAAUGAAGUUUCUUGGUUGUAAAGAUUGUCUUCUUGUACAUAAAUCUGGAGGGAUGUGAAACCAUGAGUUACAAAAGAUGAGAGCAUCUUAGUAAAUUGCAUUUCCUCCUGACUGAUGCCAUCAUGUACUUGUGUUGUUUUAACACCUCUAUACUUCUUAUGAUCGCUGUGAAGACCUGUACCCCCCAACCCCCCACCCCAAAAAAACCAAGUGCACAACUCUAAUUCAAGUAUUCUUUAACUAGUGUACCAAGGGAGCUCAAUCUUGGUGCUUGCAACAAUUUUCAAGCUGGGUGCUCAAAACAAUUUGUUCCUUACAUGUAUGAGAAACAAAUGCAGAAUUUGUGUCCGGUCCUUUUUUCAGAUAUUUCAAAAUCAUUAGUUUGGAGAUAUGGGAAAAAGUUUUCCCUAGGGAAUGGCAGAUAUACAACUCUCCUUUUUUCUUUUCACAUUAAUAGUCUUACUGGGUAUUUGCCCGUGCCAUCAACAAUAGGUGUAUGUUAAAGGUAGUAGAUUAUAGUUUUCUAUGGAAGAAUUAACCAGACAGUUCUCUCAAGCAAUCUCUGUAUGCAGUGAGAUAUCAACUUACAUUUGUUGUCCAUUGUUGUUGUAGGUUCCCGUUACCAUUGCUAGGGUUCUUUUUCGGCAGAAAUGUUCGUCAGAUGUUGUCGCCCUUUUCCAGUCCAAUUUCUUACUUAUCAUCAAUUAAAGUAUCGUCUUAGAAAGUAUAUCAAACUAACACUUCAUACGUAGAAAUAUUCAAAAGAAAGUACAAGUACUUUUAUUCACUAAUCAAUUACACAAAAAGGACAUUUCAAUUAAGAUUUGGUAGUCAGUUUUUGAAGUCUUAAUAACAUUAGUCAAUCCUCUAUUAGAUGCAAAAUGACAUUGAAUGGGAUGUGAUUUGUAGUUUCGGUGCUAAUAUUUAUUUAUAUAUUUGUUAGUAACAAUGUAACAUA